UCUGCACGUUUGCUUGAUCUUGUGUGUCGUUACAAAUGUCCAUUGCGAAUAUAUAAUGUGGGGUAUAUCUUCAGGAAGACCCCAACACGAAAUAUUUUCAACGGUUUAUGUUGUACUUUGUUUGCAAGACGCAGUGCGGCGUCUCCAUGUGAGACUAUGGCAUGCGCAAACAUCGAACACUAUACCAGCACGAAAUGGGAGAGAGGGGUACCCCCCAACAAGACCAAUCCCUAUACAAACUCCAGUCUAUCGUCACUUAGCACAUCCCCCCUAGAUGUCUGAAAAGAAUUCCUGAGGUACCAGUAUAACAAUGACCAACACAAAGGCGGGGGGGUUGUCUCCGCCUCAUUAUCUUGCACAUAUGAAGCUUCAUAUGUCGAACACUGGCCACGGCUCUCCAUUGCUCCCUCUUUUAAUCAGAAUUCGAAGCCGUAUCGCGGGAGACAAGACCAGAUUACGGCUACCCCUGUCAUGGGCCGCCCCAUAAAACCCCAUGUAUCAACUAAAUUGAUACACCAGCAGUGCUGGGUUAACGUGGGUGAACCUAUGUGCCAGCUGUCGAGUUAAUUGAUCCCCAUUAUAUAAAACUAUUGAGGUCAAUGGCAAGAUGGAGUCGCCGUUGUUGGAAGGAUUUCUUUCUCUUCCCAAAUAGUGGCUGCAAAGUCUUUAAGAGAGGUCCUUUUCAACAAGAGUGAGUCGGUUCAGUGAAAGCUCCAACGAACCUCAAGAAGAGACACUGCAACCACAGGCAUUUGUUACUUGUGGCAAGGGCUUUUAUCACAGUGGCAGUUUUCAGUCCCGCGAGAGUCCAUAUUGAAGAGAAGCCAUUUAACAUGACAGGCUUCCCGGAAAUGGUCACCUUCAAAAACACAUAAGGGUCCACAUCGAUGAGACGCCGUUGACUUGGGACACCUGUGGCAGAGGUUUCUUUCUGAUAGGCUACUUACCGACACACACGAGGAUGAACACCGAAGAAAAACCAUUUCUUUGUGGCAUUUGUGGCAGGGCUUUCCCGAAGGAAAGUGACCUUAUGGGACAUACGAGGGUCCACACGGAUGAGAAACCAUUUAUUUGUGACAUUUGUGGAAAAGCCUUUUCCAACAAAAAUUACUUUGAGCUACAUAUGAGGGUUCACACAAACGAAAAACCAUUUCCUUCUUACAUUGCCGGCAAAUCCUUUUCACGCAGAAGUAACAUGCGACGUCAUACGAAGGUCCACACAAAAGAGAAACCAUUUCGAGGUGGCAUUUAUAAUAAAACCUCAGAGAAUGGUGUCCUGCGACGUUAUAUGGGGCUGCACAAGGAAGAAAAACAAUUUCCCUGUGACUUUUGUGGCAAAAGAUUCACACGGAAGUUUAAUCUUCAAAGACACGUGAUGGUCCACACCAAAGAGAAACCGUUUACUUGUGACAUCUGUGGCAGUGGGUUUUCCCAGAAAAGCAACUUAUCAAUCCACAAGAAACGCCAUACCAAAAAGGAACCGUUGCCUUGCGAUAGUAGCUUCAAAAACCUUUCAGACAGACGUUACAAACGACGUCAUACGAGGACCCAUACAGCAGAGGAAUUAUCUUGUGAAACAUGCUUCUCGCAGAAUUAUCAUCUGAAAAGACACAUAGGGGUGCAAGCUGAAGAGAAACAGUUUUCUUGUGACAUUUGUGGGAAAGCUUUCUCAAACAUAAAUUACCUGAGACGACACACGAGGGUCCACACAAACGAGAAACCCUUUCCUUGUCCCAUUUGUGGCAAAGCCUUCUCACACAGAAGUAAUAUGAGACGUCAUACGAAGAUCCACACCACAGAGAAGCCAUUCCUUGGUGGCAUUUGUGACAAAACCUCAGAGAAUGGUGUCCUGCGACAUCCUACGAGAGUACAUGCCAGAGGAAAAUCCUUUUCUUGUGACAUUUGUGGCAAAGGUUUCACACGGUACUUUAAUCUUCAAAGACACUUUUGGGUCCAUUCUAAAAAGAAACCAUUUACAUGUGACAUCUGUGGCAGAGGUUUCUCCCAGGAUAGCAACUUAUCACAGCACAUGACGCUCCACGCUGAUAAGAAACCAUUUUCUUGUGACCUUUGUGGCAAGGCCUUCUCAAACAAAAAUUACCUUAAGCAGCAUACGAGGGUCCACACUGGAGAGAAACCAUUUCCAUGUCAUAUUUGUGGCAAAGCUUUCUCACACAAGUAUAACAUGCAACGUCAUACAAAGGUUCACACAACGGAGAAACCAUUUCCUGGUGGCACAUGUGGCAAAACGUUCUCGGAGAGUAAUGUUCAACGACAUUAUAGGAGGGUUCACACAAAAGGAAAAACCUUUCUAUGUGACAUUUGUGGCAGAAAAUUCACGCGGUAUUUUAAUCUUCAAAGACACAUUAGGCUCCAUACCAAAAAAAGACCGUAUUCCUGUCACCUCCGUGGCAGAGGUUUCUCCCAGAAUAGUAAAUUAUCAAAAUGCAUGAGAGUCUACAGAGGACAGAAACUGUUUUCUUGUGACAGUUGUGGCAGAGUAUUUUCACGGUAUUUCAACCUUCAAAGACACAUGAAAGUCCACACCAAAAAGAAACUGUUUACUUGUGGCAUCUGUGGCAGAGGUUUCUCCCAGAAAAGCAACUCAUCAGAACACAAGAAUGUUGUCACUGAUGAGAAAUCCGUUUCCUGUAGCGUUUGUAGCAAAGCCCUCUCAAACGGAAAUUACCAUGGGCGAGGAAAGAGAACACCAUUUCCAUGUGGCAUUUGUGGCAAAUCUUUUGCGCUGAAUUCUACUCUUAAAAGACACACAAAAGUCCACACCACCGAAAUACCUUCCUAUUACUUGUGACGUCGGUGGUAAAGGUUUCCCUCAAGAGUGAUAAUCUUCAAACACUCGUAAGGAUCCAUACCAAAGAGAAACUGUUCACUUAUGUAUGGCAGAGCUUUCUCUGGAAAUAGCCAUUAAUUAACGCACUCGAGGAUCCACACUGGAUGUAGACCUUUUACCCGAUGUGACAAUUGUGACAAACGCUUCGUUUAGGAUAUUCAAAUUGAAACCCACGGGAGAGUACACACGAAUUUAAAAUCGUGACUUGUAUGUGUAUGAGAGUUAAAAGCUGUAAGAGAAACCAUUAACAGUACAUGUAUGUUUGUGACACAUGUUCUCAAUAAAUUGUACUCUUGAAAGACACAUAAGAGUCCAUAUCAGAGAAACUUUUUAGUGACGAAGAAUUGUAACUUCAGAGAAUACGGGACAGUUCACCUCAACUAAAAGCCAGGUAUCAAAUGAAGUUUUUAAAUACACGUAGAGUAUUAGGUUCUAGUAGGCAGUGUUUGAAUGUUUCUAAAUUUUUCAGACUGUGACUUUUGUUUAGUGUGCAAGGGCUCACAUGUGUUCUUUUUUAUUUACUGAUUUACAUAUAAUUUCUUUUUAUAAAGGAAAAAGAGGGUAUUUGAACAAGUUUUAACUACCAUGCCGGAUCACAUUUUCGCACUACGUUUCCGCAAAAUUGAGAAUACUUCGAUUGGGCAAAUUUCGCUGCUGAUAUUUUGCGACAUUAAAAUUUGGUUUUCUUUACCGCUGUCGUGUAUGUCUGAAGUAUGAACCGGCCUCUAGUGGUGUAUUGGUACAAGAACAGAUGGAGAGCCAACGGGGACCAUCCCACCAUCCCCAGGAUCAAAAGUAUUUUGAAAAUAUUGGAAACCGAAUACAUGUACCUUCCAAAAGCGCGAGGAAGCAGGAAAAUGUAGUCUCAACUGUGAUCCACCUGGCAAGGCAUGGAGGGGUAUAUAAACUGUUGGACUUCCCUAAUCGAGACGAUUUGAAAAAAUAUGUUCUGGAUCUGCCCUGGCUUGCGGACAUCACUUUGGAGCCAUGAGUUGAAUUCGAUAAUCCAGUGAAAGGUUUCAGCUCAGACUGAAAUGGGUUUUGCCUGUCUUUGCAACAGGCGGAUGGGUUGCGAGAUAGAACAUCAAUGUCUUAGACCUUCUUCACGGGGAACCACUUUUUAUCUUCCCCAAUUGUAUCGUUCAGUUCUGUGUAUAAAUUAGUUCUGUGGUGCGAGAUUUCUCAGUUGCAAACCUCAAUUCCUGUCUUAUUUGCCUUAUUUGUGUACAUUCAGAUAUGAGUUAUGGUGGCAAAUUUCAAAUUAUUCUAAAUAAAAAUGUGAUAUCUAUUUUGCAGUUGUAUAUUUGCUCUUAGAUUUCCCAAUAAGCCAUUUGCCAUUUGGUACGCUGAGUUAUGUGACUGCACCUAAAGAACGAUUUGAAUUCCCCAGUCUAGAGACACUGUUGCUAUACCUCGUGAUUCGGGGCAAGCUUUCGCAUA